AUGGUCAACCGCCGCAUCAGCGACGAUGUGAAACGCAUCGCUCUGUGGCUGAAAAAUCGACGACGAGACUCCGACCACAAAAUUUGCCAACUUGUUGACUUCUCACUAUCUACAUUAUACCGAACUCUAUGUCGAAAUCGUGCUACUGGAGAUGUUACGAAAAAACUUGCUAUUGGACGUGGACGCCCACAAAAACUUAUUCAUUCUGAUUGUCUGUACUUGCUGCGCUUGGCUCGUCACAAGCCAACCCUUUUCUUGGAUGAAUACAGCUGCCGUCUUGAAGAAUAUCGUGAUCUGCCUGUGUCUCUUGCAACCAUCCAUGCCUCGUUCAAACGUGCUGGACUCAAUGUCAAACGGGUGCAGAAGCUUGCUUCCAAACGCAAUCCCAUGGUUCAUGCAGCAUUUGUCCGUCGAAUUGGCCAGUAUCCAGCCAACUACCUGAUUUCUCUCAACGAAGUCUCAAAAGAUGACAGAACUUAUGCACAUCUUUGGGGCCAGGCACCUGUAGGCCAGCGUGUCGAGCAGCAUGACCCAUUUGUUCGUAAACGGCGCCUGUCAAUGUUAGCUGCCAUGGCUCUAGAUCGGGGAAUCAUUGCUGCAAGGGUUGUUGAGGGCUCGUUCACACACCAGACAUUCUAUGAGUUUCUUCGUGAUGAUCUUGUAAGGUUUUCAUAUUGCGAAGCCAUUCUCUAA